CAUUGCAUUCAUUGAUGGUUGAAGAUCUGUCACAUGUACCAACAUCAAAAUAUAGAUAUCUCAUGAAAUCUACUGAAAAUCCAUGCCAAAAAAGAAUUAGAUCAAGAUCAAGUUUGAAGCCAUCAUUUAUUUCCACUUCCUGUCCUAACAUGGGUUAUCCUGAAGCAAAUCUUUUUAUUAAUCAGUGUUCUUCACUUCCUGAUCAUCUGAGCACUCAAAAUAUAUUCAGUCUGCAAUUAAAUAAAUUGCAAAAAUUUGGAAAGACAGAUUGGACAUUCUUUUACAUACUCCAGUCAUUAUAUUUCCAUCAGCACCAUAUAGUCCCGAUGUUCUUGUUGUUCAUCUUGGGCAGAUUACCGUCAAGAAUGAUCAUACAAAUUCCACCUCAUCAGAUUUUAAUGAUUUAUUAAAUACUAGUACCGUAGCAGUUGAAAUUAGAGACAUGAAUCUUUUUUCCCUCAACAUCGAAGAAAAUAUAAAGUUAUUAGAAAAAACAAAGGUUAAUGGGAAUCAGACAACAAAUUAUUCAGUUUUAGAUAUAUAUAAUAGCUCUAAAUUUGGUAAACCUAUACUUCAUAAUACAGUGAUAGAAAUCAAUACGAAAAAUACCAUAUAUUCUAUAAAUACCAGUUUAGUAAAAGAUAAUGAACAGUUUUGGCCUGGAAGUGAUAUAAUUAAUGAUUUUUCUCCUAUUGCAAAGCAGAAAAAAUCUCUCCUCGAGAUUUGUGGUCGUGUUGUAACUCCUCUAAAAAUAAUCCUGACAAAUUCUCAGUAUAACCAGGUAUUGGAUACUUUACAUAACCUGACAUUUAAUGCAGCUGAUGAUGAUAAAAGUUCAACAGAAAUAUUUCUUGAGGUAUAUUUUUUCUAAAUACAGUUAUAUUUU